AUGUCUUUGCAAGUAACUGACGUGCGCUUCGAGCACUACCGUGAGCCCAAUACACUGGGUGUCCAUGAGACCAAACCACGCAUCUCAUGGCGCGUCAAAAACGCUCCACCAGAGUUUAAACAGGAUUACUGCAGUAUCCGAAUUGUCAGACAGGAGGGCACGAGUCCUUGGAUGGUGUCAUCCCACUCUUCUUAUUUGGGAUUUUUGCCAAUAGUUGAGCCUCUCAGAUCCCGCGAACGAUGCACUGUCUCAGUCAGCGUGCGGAGCAGAGAGCACCCUGAAUUCACUGAGUGGAGUGAGGAAGCCACGCUAGAAACAGGCCUUUUACAGCGGGGUGACUGGCAGGCCAAGUUCAUCUCGGCACCUUGGGCAAACAAGGGCAAUGAUAAACCGAAACCAGAAGAUCUUUUUCGCAAGAAUUUCUCGGUGCAAGACAAAGUCGAAUCGGCGAGAUUGUACAUCACUGCUCAAGGCGUUUAUGAAGCUGAGAUCAAUGGGCGUCGCGUCGGCGAUCAUUUCUUAGCGCCUGGCUGGACUUGCUAUAAUGACCGAUUGAACUAUCAGACGUACGAUGUCACUGAGCAUAUCAACGGAACCGACAACGAUCAUUGUAUCGGUGUACGUGUCGCUGAGGGGUGGUUCACUGGUCGAUUGAGCUUUGAGGGAGGUCGAAGGAAUGUGUAUGGCGAUCGAACUACCUUGCUUGCGCAGCUUGAAUUGCGCUUCGCCGAUGGCUCUGUCCAGACCAUCCUAUCAGGUGAUGAUUGGACCGUGGCCCAGGGCCCGAUCCGCCAAGCAGAGCUCUACGAUGGAGAGAAGUAUAAUGCUACGAUGGAGUUGCCGGGAUGGUCAUCUGCAGGCGAUGUGACUGGGCAGUGGGAGAAAGCUGAAGAGCUCCCUUUCAUACCUGAGAGCAUUGAUCUGGUCGCAGCUACAGCCGAGCCUGUCCGUCGCAUUGAAACAGUCCAGCCUGUUGACAAACUUACAACUCCGUCUGGAAAGACCAUCAUUGACUUUGGUCAGAACCUGGUAGGAUAUGUCCGCAUCAAGCGCGUACAAGGUGAGCGCGCACACAAGGUUACUCUGCGACAUGCCGAGGUGCUCGAGGGUGGCGAGUUGGGCACGAGGCCCCUUCGCCAGUGCGCCGCUACGGACAUUUAUACACUCCGAGGCGAUGCAGAGGGUGAGACCUAUGAGCCAAGGUUCACCUACCAUGGCUUCCGCUACGUCCAGGUUGAGGAUUGGCCAUCCUCGGACGACGUCUCACAGGCUCUUGAGGCUGUCGUCUGCCACACCGACAUGGAAGAGCAAGGUAAAUUCGCAUGCUCAAACGAUAAACUCAAUCAGCUAUUUAGCAAUGUCCGCUGGAGCAUGCGAGACAAUUUUCUCUCAAUCCCCACAGAUUGUCCCCAGCGCGACGAGCGUCUCGGAUGGACUGGUGACCUGGCAUUAUUUGCACCAACAGCCACUUUCAUCUACGGCUGUUAUCCCAUCCUGAGAGAUUGGCUCAAGGGUGUAUGGUACGACCAACAGCAGCGAGACGGCAUUCCGCCAAUGGUCUCGCCUAACGUUUUGGACAAGUGCAAGAUUUGGGGUCCUAUUUGGCCUUGCGCGAUCUGGCACGAUGUUGUCGUUCUCGCGCCUUGGGCUUUGUAUCAGGAAAGUGCCGAUGACAAUAUCUUGGCUGAACAGUUUGAGUCUAUGGAGACCUGGCUUAGGGUCAUUCCGAGGAAUAAGGAUCGGUGCACUCACUUAUGGGACUUUAAUGCCGAUCAGCUUGCGGACUGGCUUGAUCCAAGUGCGCCUCCUGACGAUGCCGCGAAAGCUACAACAGACCCCACGUUAGUCGCCAACGCAUUUCUCAUCCACUGUCUCGACAUCAUGGCAAACGUUUGCGAUGUCCUUUGGAACAAGAAUUUUGAAACCCUUAGGAAAAAGGAUGAAGUUCUCCGUUGGAAGAAGGAUGCAAGCGCUAAAUACAAGACGUGGGCGGAGAAUGCACGAGCCGAAUUUGUACAAGAAUAUGUUACUCCGAGCGGCCGUCUAGUAUCCGACACCCAGACUGCAUAUUCCCUCGCCGUCUGCUUCAACCUACUCAGCGAAGAACAACUUCCUCGUGCUGGCGCCCAACUGGCGUCCAUUGUUCGACGCAACGGUUUCCGUAUAGGCACCGGCUUUGCGGGUACGCCAUACGUAUGCGAGGCCCUCGUCCGCACAGGUCACAGCAACGUCGCCUACUCAAUGCUUCUAAACGAGCAGUGUCCCUCUUGGCUAUACGCCAUCUCCAUGGGCGGCACAACAACAUGGGAGCGAUGGGACAGCAUGCUUCCCGACGGGUCAAUUAACCCCGGAGAAAUGACUAGCUUUAAUCACUACGCUUAUGGAGCCGUGGCAAAGUUUAUGGUUGAAAGACUUGCUGGACUGCAGCUGGUCGAACCUGGAUGGAAGAAGUCUAGGAUGCAGCCUGAGAUUGUGGGUGACUUUACGUGGGCUUCUGCAUCGCAUCUUACGCCUUAUGGUAUGGUGUCUAGUUCUUGGAAGAUUGAGGAGGGUGAAGCAGGGGCGAAGGUGUUGUAUGUGGAUGUUGAGGUACCUGUCAGUACGACAAUGGAAGUGGUUCUGCCUGAGGGUGAGGGAACCAAGGUUGAGACUGUUAAGUCGGGCAAGUGGUCUUUUAAGACAGAGUAUAGGGGGGAUGUUGAGUGGCCUGUGAAGGAGACCAAGUUUAUCUUAAACAAGAUCUUUGAAGAGGCUCAGAAGGCGGAAAAGGACGACGCUUAA